CUUUGCCUUUACCGCCUCCCAUAUGCUGCAUGCUUUUUAAGCUUCGCACUCUCCUAAGCCUUCUUGUAAGCAAUCCUUCCUUUUAAUAUGAUUCCAUGAUCCAAAUUGAGGGCCUUUUGAGAUUUGGGUGUUUUAUUACAGGAGCAAAAGAAAAGACAGAAAGUGCUAACAUCAGUCUCAAAGGAAAAGAAAUCGAAAAAGAAAAAUAAGGCGAAAUUUUGCUGAUUCAAGUGGGUUGGGAUUCUUCCAAGUCUUUUCUUAUAGGCAGCCUCAUCUCUCUCUCUCUCCCCUUCACGGUUUUCCAAGUCUUUUUUAUUUUUGGCUUCCCAUCCUUUUUCUUAGGUUGAUUUCUUUUCGUUUUUCAUUUUUUCCAAUUUGCCACCCACACCUUAAGUCUGCCAUUGUAAUCAUCACCCUCUGUACUCUGCCAUCUACCACACCGGCCAGCUACUGAUUUUUUUUCUAUUCAUUUUCUGUCCUUUCUUAUAUACAUAUAUAGAGAGAGAAAGGAUAAGGAAAUUGGGCUAUUGGGUUGGGAAGGUGUUUUAAGGAAAACCGGUCUUAUUGUCUGUUCUUCCCAUGUUAUACUGCAUGGUGAAAAUCUCUUGAUGGCUUUAAGAUAGAGAGAGUGAGACCGGAAAGAGAUAUAUUUGAAUCGGUGCUGCAGAGUUACUCAGGCAAGUAAUCCAUGGCCUAGAUAGCGACUUGGGGAAUAACCCGUCGUCAUCAUCAACAUCAUCAUUCUCUUCACGAGAGUAAUUUUGCUUUUGCCAAACCAAUGAAUGAUGCCUUUCUGUGGCUAUAUGUUACUGCCACAUGUUCUCUUCAACGAGCUUAAUUAGUUAUGUCCAAAGCUGGGAUUAUUAUCUACUCCUGGGAUGGUCUUUUUAAGUCUGUUCAUAGGUGUAAAAGUGGGUAACUUGGAAGAAAGGAUAAACUAGUGGAAGAUUUUCAAACAAACAAAUUAAGAGAUCGGAUUAUCGGGAUUUUUCUUGUUUCUCUCUUUUGGAGUUUUCGUCGAAGGCACAUGUUUCCCGCAGCUAUGUCAAAUUCAACUUCUUUGUCUGAAGAAGCUAGUGUUUCUUCUGGUACUAGAGUUCAGGAGUUUGGUGGGUUAAAUCCAGUGCUUUCAACUAUUUCUCCACAGCAGCCACAAAAGAUCAAGAAAAAGAGAAGCCUGCCUGGAAACCCAGGUGUUUCAGACCCAGAUGCUGAAGUGAUUGCGUUAUCCCCCAAAACCCUACUGGCCACCAAUAGAUUUGUAUGUGAGAUCUGCAACAAGGGUUUUCAGAGGGAUCAGAACCUUCAGCUUCACAGGAGAGGCCAUAACCUUCCAUGGAAGCUAAAGCAAAGAAACAGCAAAGAAAUCAGGAAGAGAGCUUAUGUUUGCCCUGAGCCUUCAUGUGUUCACCACCAUCCUUCGAGGGCUCUCGGUGAUCUUACUGGAAUUAAGAAGCACUAUUGCAGGAAACAUGGGGAGAAGAAGUGGAAGUGUGAGAAAUGCUCAAAGAUCUAUGCAGUUCAAUCAGAUUGGAAGGCUCACUCUAAAACCUGUGGGACAAGAGAAUAUAGAUGUGAUUGCGGAACCCUUUUCUCCAGGAAGGACAGCUUCAUUACCCAUCGAGCGUUUUGUGAUGCAUUGGCUGAAGAAAGUGCAAGAAUCUCAGCAAACCAAUUAGCCACCACAAAUAACCCAACAGUCCAACCUCUGAUCUUCCCCUUUCCGACGUCCCAACACUUCCCAACCCCACCACAAACCCACAUCUCCCUCACUCCCUGGGAUCCAGCUCAAAACCCUAACCCCAGUUCCACCCACAACCCAGUUCAAAUCAAGCCUGAAGCUCACUAUUUCCAAAUGCCACAGCAUUUCUCAUCGCAGCAAACUUUCUUCCAAGAGCCACAAUCACAGCAGGGACAUCACCACCACCACAAGGCCUUGAUAACCUCACCCUUCCAAACCCUCCAUGUGACUAGUACCACCCAAACCACGUCAAACUCUGCCACGUCAGCCCACCUCUCAGCUACUGCACUCCUCCAAAAGGCUGCAACCUUUGGUGCAGCAGCCAGUGCAGCCCAACAGGCUCAGUCGGUGGGCCACAUGACUCACUUAAACAACAUGGGCGAGUUUGGAACAGAGUCGACUCAUCAGAUGAGCCCAGUACUGAGUCACAUGUCGACCGAGUACAUGGGUGGAUUCACGUCGGGAGACCUUUCCCCGUGGCAGAAGACUGACAGUCGUCUGACAAGGGACUUUCUGGGUCUGACAGAUGGCAAUGGUACUGCUGGUACUGAAGUACUCGGACAUGUGCCGGGUGGUCAUGUUAACGUUAGCGUUAAUGUUAAAGACAUGCUAAGAUUCACGAGAGGUGUAGAUCAGUUCCAAAGUUUCGGAUUCUCAGAGCCUGCCUCGGAAACGUGGGGGGAUUGUUGAGGCGAAAUACCCUUGCAAAAUUAGCCCCCCCACCCUCUAAUUAAUUUCUCUGCAUAUCCCUAAAAGCAAGCAGUUUCGAUCGUUUUUGUGCCCAUUUGCAUGCGUACGUACGUACGUUUUCAUUUCAUUUCCUAAAUGUUUGUUGUUCGUAGCACUGUUCUUUUUAAAAGGAUCGGAGUAUGCCUACCCAUUUAGUCCUUAUAUAUAAAAUUUAACAUUCUACAUUA